CCCCGGCAGGCGGCCCGGUACCGCCCUGCAUCCCGCGGGGGGCGGAGCGGCCGCCGGUGGGGCCAGGAGCCGCGGGGCCGGGUGCGAGGCUGAGGGGCCGCCGCCGCCGCCCAUGGAGCCCAACGGGACGGCGGCGGCGGGGGGCAACGUUUCGGCGGCGGCGGGCGGCGGUGGUUCCCCCGGGAGCGGGCCCUUGCUCAUCCCCUCGGCCUUCGGGACGGUGCUAUCGGUGAUGUACGUGGCCGGGGUGGCGGGUAACGUGUACACGCUGGUGGUGAUGUGCCACUCGGCGCGCUGCGCCGCCCCCAUGUACAGCUCCAUCGUCAGCCUGGCCUUGGCCGACCUGCUCUACCUCUCCACCAUCCCCUUCAUCGUCUGCACCUACCUGGCCCAGGACUGGUACUUCGGGGACCUGGGCUGCCGCAUCCUGCUCAGCCUGGACCUGCUCACCAUGCACGCCAGCAUCUUCACCCUCACCCUCAUGUGCACCGAACGCUACCUGGCCGUCACCCGGCCCUUGGACACCCUGAAGCGGUCGCGAGGCUACCGGAAGGUCACGGCGGGGGCCGUCUGGUCAGUCUCGCUGCUCCUUACUCUGCCCAUGAUGCUGAUGGUCACCCUCACCGAGGGAAGCAAGGCAGAAGGCAAGGUGAAGAGGAUAUGUGCGCCCACCUGGAGCAUGGACGCCUACCGGACCUACCUGACAGUGCUCUUCAGCACCAGCAUCAUGGCCCCAGGAAUCAUCAUUGGCUUCCUCUACACGCGCCUGGCCAGGACCUAUCUGGAGUCCCAGAGGAACCCCCCACACAAGGAGAAGAGCAAGAGGUCUCCCCGCCAGAAGGUCCUCAUCAUGAUUUUCAGUAUUGUGUUGGUCUUCUGGGCCUGCUUCCUGCCAUUUUGGAUCUGGCAGCUGGUCCGACUCUACAGCAACUCCCUGCAGCUCACCACCCAAACCCAAAAGUGCAUUAACUAUCUGGUGACCUGCCUGACCUACAGCAACAGCUGCAUCAAUCCCUUCCUCUACACCCUGCUCACCAAAAACUACCGGGAGUACCUGCGCAACAGGCACCGCAACUUCUACAGGUUCACAUCCUCCUUUCGCAAGAGGGGCUCCAACCUGCAGUGCUCCUGGGGACGGUCUAUGUCCUCCAGCAACCAGUAUGACUACAGCUCAGAAGCCCUGGGCAUGGCCACGCUGAAGGACAAGUGAGGAAGAGGAGGUGCUCUGGAGACACCAGGUCCGGGAGCGUCUGGCCAAGGGCUUCUCUCACUCUGUUUGACCUCAUGUUCCAUCCCCAGAGGAGUUACACCAAGACUGGAUCCCCAAUGCCACGGUCUGGGUUGCAGGUGAAGGAGAUGGUGAUGGCAUAGCG